GUUAGUCUACUUUAAGCUAUUGAACAUUCAAAACACGAAAAAGUUAUUCCGAGCGCGAAUUAUAAUUUUUUUCAAUAUUUUAGUGGCAAAUUGAAGAAAAUUUUUUAAGUUUAAUCGUAAUAAUGUGUGUUGUGAUGCAAUCAAUAUGAUAAUAUAAUUAUUUUAAUCAUCGUUGUUCUGAAAUUAAGAUAAAAGUGGCAAAAAGAAAAUUUAAAAAAGUUUGAUAAAGAAAAGAAAAAAAGUUUUAAAAAAAGAAUUCAAAUGAUUAAUGAAAUUUAAUGUUGGAUUACGUUUUUAUUCAUAAAUAAUCAAUUUUACAAGAAAGGAAUAAUUUCUAUUUAAUUUAAAAAAUGCAUCGACAGAACUUCCACUACAACGCCGGUCAGCAGACAAGCGAACAAGUAAUGGAGGCAAUGAAGGAAAAUGAUGCAGCCGCAUUGGCAGCAGAAAUGUUUGAUCAUUUCUCAUCCGCUGUAACAAUGCGGCAAAUUAUGGGUUUAUUUCGUAGUAUGUGUGAUACAAUUGGGUUACGUCCAGGACCUAUCAAUGAAUUUUAUCCAAAGCUCAAAGCAAAAAUAAAGAAUUGGAAAGCACAAGCGCUGUGGAAAAAGAUCGAUGCACGUUUAUCACACCGCGUUUAUAAUAAAGGAACAGCAUGUUCCGGAAUUAGAGUUUUAGUAAUUGGAGCAGGACCUUGCGGGUUAAGGACAGCUAUUGAAGCACAACUCCUUGGUGCUAAAGUCGUAGUGCUAGAGAAACGUGAUCGUAUAACAAGAAACAAUGUGCUCCAUUUAUGGCCAUUUUUGAUUCAUGAUUUACGAGCACUUGGUGCUAAGAAAUUUUACGGAAAGUUUUGUGCUGGUUCUAUAGAUCACAUUUCAAUUAGACAACUUCAAUGUCUAAUGUUAAAAAUAUCAUUACUUCUUGGAAUUGAAAUCCAUGAGGGAGUGAGCUUUGAGGGUUUGGUAGAACCAAGUGAAGGUUUAGGAUGGCGUUGCAUGGCGAUGCCUAGUGAUCAUCCUGUAACACAUUUUGAAUUUGAUUGUCUACUUGGUGCUGAUGGAAAAAGAAAUACUCUUUCCGGUUUUGGACGUAAAGAAUUUCGUGGAAAAUUAGCUAUUGCAAUCACUGCAAAUUUUAUAAAUAGACGCACUGAGGAAGAAGCAAGAAUAGAGGAAAUUAGUGGAGUUGCUUUCAUAUUUAAUCAAUCAUUCUUUAAAGAGCUUUAUCAUCAAACGGGAAUUGAUUUAGAAAAUAUUGUUUAUUAUAAGGACGAUACACAUUAUUUUGUAAUGACUGCAAAGAAGCAUAGUUUAUUGGACAAAGGAGUAAUUAUUCAAGAUUUUAGUGAUCCUGCUGAGUUGCUACAUCCAAAUAAUGUAAAUACACAAAAGCUACAAGAUUAUGCAAGAGAAGCGGCAGAUUUUUCUACAAAAUACCAAAUGCCUACAUUUGAAUUUGCAGUCAAUCAUUAUGGCAAGCCUGAUGUUGCAAUGUUUGACUUUACAUCGAUGUUUGCUGCUGAAAAUUCAUCACGUAUGAUUGUACGCAAAAAUUAUCGCCUUCUUAUGGGUAUUGUAGGUGAUAGUUUAUUGGAACCAUUUUGGCCUAGUGGAAGUGGCUGUGCAAGAGGAUUUUUAUCCGCUAUGGAUGCUGCUUAUGCAAUCAAAUUAUUUGCAAAUUCAAAUAACAGUUUGCUAUCUGUUCUCUCACAACGUGAGAGUAUUUAUCGAUUAUUAGCUCAGACGACACCUGAAAAUUUGCAUCGUGAUCAUGGAGGUUAUACAUUAGAUCCAAUGACUCGAUAUCCAAACCUUAACAGACAAUUUGUGCUUCCACAUCAGGUGAAACAUCUUCUUGACACCGAUGACCCAUCGUUAUUGGAACUAACAUUUAUGGAUACAAACACAAUUCAAUCGUUACCUGAGCCUCCAGUCAAAACACGAAAACGAAGAACUGCCGAUACAACACCAAUGGCAAAUGUACUUCUUGCAUGGAUAAGAAGUCAUUUAAAAGACCAAGAAUUUAUUUCAGAAAUCGUUGAACCAUCUCAAAUAUUCACGAAUGGAAAGGUUUUAUGUGCACUUAUUCAUAGAUAUAGACCCGAUUUGUGUGAUUGGAAUGCAAUAGAAAAUGCUUUACCAGAGGAAUCAAAUGAAAUUGCUUUUGGUAUAUUUGAAAAAGAAUUUAAAAUACCUCCAGUAAUGUCGGCUGAUGAAUCAAUUACAUUACAAGAUGUUGAUAUCAAAACAUGGCUACAUUAUUUAGAGCAAAUCUGUGAAGUAUUUAGAGGCGAAAUUCCUCAUGUCAAACAUCCAAAAUUGGAUUAUGCGGAAUUCAAGCAGAAAACUCAAACACAAAAAACCAACAACAUGUCAGACUUUACAAAAUUACAUCGCAUUGCUGCUGCUAAAAGAGAAGCUGCGAAUGAUGAAAAUGGUGCUAAAAAAUCACGUGAUAAAUUGCCAGUAUCACCCACCCCACCGACUGUUGAACAUCGCAGAGGACGUAAACGAAGGAGCUACGAGAAAUAUGGAGGAAAUAUUGAAGAAAGAAUGGCACGUUUAGCAGAAAUAGAUGCAAAUCGUAUCGAUCGACAAAAUCGCCGUCGUCAACAACGAAAAAAUCAAACUGAUAAUUUUGUAAAAAGUCUUCAAAUGCUACAAAUUGCAAAUUUCUUGCGUGAAAGUGGCAUUGAAGAAACUACCGAUGCUUUUGAAGAUUAUUCAAUCUACAUGUACCGGCAAAAUGCACCGGAAUUUACAGAUCGCGUUAAAGAGUUAGAGAAAAAGUUGCUGUAUCCUGACCGUGAAAAAGGAAUACCAUCAGCACUGCCAAGAAGUGGAAACAUCCUCGAUGAUCCAUUUAGCAAUCGCAUACGCAAUAUUGAAGAGAAAUUUACAACGAAAAAUGCUGCCGCUACUAACAAAAAGCCAAAAGACUUACUUCGAGCUAUUGGAAAAAUUGAAAGUAAUGAUUGGAAUGUGAAAGAAAUUGAGAAGAAAAUGCUAAUGUCAAAGAAAAUUACUGACAUUGGCAAGAGUCGUGAGAAAGUUCCAAAAUGGAAUCGUGAACAGUUUGAGGCACGUCAAAAUAAAAUGCAGAAGCCAGACUGUCAAGAUGCAAGUGAAAUAAAGUAUAAAGAGAUUGAUGAAACUAUUAAAGCUCUUGAUAAACAAUUGAAGGAAGGUUCAGCUUUAGAUCGUGGUGAGAGAGGUAAAAACAAAGUUGCAUCGAUUGCAGCUUCAACUUUCGGAAAGAAAAAAGGUGAAGAAAAUCAGCAACCAGCAAAAAAUAGCGGUCUGAUUUUAUCAUCACAGGGUGUAUCUGAAUCUUGUCACUUCUGCAAACAGCGUGUUUACUUGAUGGAGAAAAUCAAUGCAGAAGGAUUAGUCUUACAUCGAUCAUGUUUAAAAUGCCAUCACUGUCAUACAAACUUAAGAUUAGGUGGAUACGCAUUUGAUCGUGAAAAUCCAGAUGGAAAGUUCUACUGCACUCAACAUUUCAAGUUGCCGCCAAAAGAUAGUAAAUUUGUUCCAAAACGACUUCAACAUAAACAACGUCAAGCUGAUUAUGCUGCAUUCAAGGCUCAGCAACAAAAGCAUCGAAAUUCAGAAGAAAGAGCUACGGGAGAUGACCUUGAUAAUCGUGGUAAGACACCUGAGAGAAUUGAAUUUGAGAAUGCAGAUGAACGUUCUUAUUGUGAAGAAGAAGCUGAUCAAAUCAUGGAUGAAAAUGAAUGGACUGAUUUGAAUUUCGGUACAGGAGAUGAAGAUUCUGUUGACGAUGAAUCAAGUUCAGAUGAGACUGAUACAGAAUCCGACAGUGACAAUUUUGAAGAUCCUGUUGGUGUCGAUGCACAAACUUUACAACUUGCAUCUGAUUGGAUCGAUAAGCGAUCAACCAUGCAAGACAGUGAAGAUGAAUUUUAUGGAUAUUCAAGUGAAGAUGAUGAUGCCGAUUCACAAACUGAAGGAGAAGAACUAGCUAAAGCACGUGAAAUGAGAAUGAAUGAAGUAAAACUUCAACCACCACCGACAUACAUUCUUACAGACACAGAAACUGAGGGUGUCAAGAAUUCAAUGACACAAAACAAUGAAAACAUUAAUAAUCAGAAAUCCGAUUUAGUCAGUAAUAGUUCCCAAUCCAAUAACUAUAUUCCCCCAAAUAGCUUAGAUCCUUCCUCCCAAUCAAAUCUUAAAGAUGAGCUCUUGAAAAAUGACAUGAUGAAGAAAUUAAGUCUUAAAGAAAAAUGGCUUAAUGAUAAUCCACCAAAAUUAAAACAACCGACAUCCGUCACAAAUGAACCAAAACCCUCACAUAUGGAUGUUGAAGAUGAAAAGAAAAAGGAAGAAAAGAAAUCAUUCUUAAAUGGAAUCUUUAGUAGCGUAAAGCAAUUCAUUAAGCAUGAAAAACCACAUGAAAAGAAGAAAGAACCAACGCCUCCACCAAAGGAAGAGGAUUUUGAUGAGAUAUUUAAGGAUGCAGAUCAAGAAGUUUGUUUAGUUGGAAAUGUUGAAAGGAAAAUUCAGAAAUUUUUACAAAAGCAAAAAAGUGGAGAGGUUCGUGAAGAAGCAGAUGAUAUACUUAAUGAAAUUAAGGAGGAGAAAGACAGACUCGAGAAGCAUGUGAGAGACAUGGAACAAAAGAGAUUUUCUGACAAUAUGCAGGCAAUUAAAUCAAGUGUUGCAGAGUCAAAAGUUGCAAGUAUGAAAGAAGUUAAUUUAACUAAAUACUUUCCAAAGCAACAAGACAAAAAGCCACCAGCGGUUGCUAAAAACCGUGAUGUAAAAGCACUGAAAGAUGUAAAUCUUUCAAAGUAUUUUCCAUCACAAUCUAGUCCUCCAUUUGGAAAGAAAGGUUCAGGCUCACCAAAUGAACAAUCUGCAACAUCAAGUGCAGCACAAUCCCCAUUAACACCACGCAAAAAUAUUAAUGAAAUUGACUUGGGAAGUUAUUUCCCAACCACACCUACAGAAAGUCGCAAGACUUCAACAUGCACACCACCCUCAAGUCCACUCAGUGAAAAUCCCCCAUCACUAAGUAGAAAAAAUUCAAUCACUCGGUAUGUUGUUGCUAAUUCUAUACCAGCUAAUCCACCUCCACCGGCACCAAAGAAAAAUAUUUUGUCAUUGCAAACUGUGAAGAAGCAGGUGCCAAAAAAUGAAGGAAGUAAGAAGGAGAAUGUUGACAAGUCUGAAAAACUUAAAUUAGAAAUGCCAAAAGAGAAGAAAAAGAAACAUGAUUUUAAUAUGUUCGACCAGCUUUUGGACGGUUCUGCUGAUUUGGAUCAGACGAAGAAUAUUGAAGUUGAAAUUUUCGAUAAUUUAAUAGAUGAACAAAAAUUGGAAUUGUCACCAAGUCAAGAAUAUGAAAAGAUUUUUAAUAACAAAGUUUUGAAUGGCUCAAGUUCAGAAUCGAAGGAUGUUUCACCAGUAGAAAAUGGAACUGUUAAGAAAGGAACUAAAAAGGUUACAAAAGAAAAAUCCCCUAAAAAGGCUACCAAAACUAAAGUAGUUGCUGAAAAGGAAGAACAAGAAGAACAAGAAAGUAAAAGUUCAAAGAGUAAAUCACCAGUAAAGAAUGAAGAAUCACUUGACUUGGAUCCAAAGAUUAUUCAGCUACUUAACAAACAAUAUCAAAAGCUUUUAGUAGAGUACGAAAGAAAUUCUAAAUCACCUGAAAAUGAGCAGCAUAAAAUUGAUGAAAUUAAAAAUCCACAAGAGUUAAUAGCAGAGCAACAUCCACGUAAAUGUGAAAAUAAGCGUAAAUCUCCCCAAAAAAGCGAAGACUGCAAAAAAUUCAAAGAAAGUGCAAACGAAAUAAAAUUAAUUGAAGAUGAACAAACUUCCUCAGAGGAACCAAAACUUUUUAAUCAAAAUGAGACACCAAGGAAAAUGUCAUUGGAUGCUGUAGAUGGAAAUAUUCCACUUGAAGAAGAAAGCGUUGUUUCAAGAUUGGAAAGAAAGUAUAGAAGAAGUUCUAUCAAAUCAGCAGAUAAUUCUGAAUCAACCAAGGAUGAUGAUUUGAAGGAGAAAGCUGUCAGUAAUGAGCAAAUGAAUAUGCCAGUCCAACAAAUAGAAGAGAAGAAGGACGAAGAAGAAAAGCCAUACAGCAUAAUCGAACGAUUAGAGCAAAAAUUACGACAGAAACGAGCGUUAGCAGAAACUUAUCUUAAUGAAUCAUUAAGUGGACCUGUUGAUGAAUAUCCUAAAUUAGAGAGUGUUUCAAUUGUUAAGAAAAAAGAUCAGAAAAUUGCUGAACGUAAAAAUCAAAUCGAAGAUUAUUCAGGUCCUUUAAUUAAAGAGAAAACUUACGAAAAGAAAGUUGAAGAUAACUCGCUUGUUAUACAGAAAAUAUUUAAUAAGGAAGAAAAACUUUCUGACAUUUUCCAAGAAGAACCGAAAUUAAUUAAACGUGAAUCAAAUGAAAAUUCUUCUGGAAGUUUCCGAGAAGUUAGAAAAUCAAAUGAGAAUAUUGACAGACAUAAAGAAGAUAAAUUUGCUGAACUUUUCCAAGAAAAUCUCCCGACAGAUCACGAUUCUUAUAAAAAUAUUAAUGUAUCAAACAAUUUCGAAGAAAAACGGAAGUCGAUAGAUUAUGAAACAUUUAAUAUUGAUUCAUUAAUAGAGCCACAAUUUGAUCAAAUGGAUUUUGAGCUUAUUUAUCAAAAUGCUCAAUAUUCGCCACGAAACUCUCGCAAAAAGGCUCAGAAUAAUCAAGAAAGUAAAAUUCAAAAGGAAGAAAUUCUAGAAAAUAAGGCCAGACAAGCAGUGAUGGAGUUGAUUGAAUCUAAUAAAGUAAAAGAAACUCAAAAGGAACCGACAUCAAAUCAUAUUACAAAGCUAACAGUUGUAGAAAAUAGAGUCGAUGACAAACCUCCGAUUCACCAGAAGGUUCAAACUUUAAAUAAACCCAAGGGACAAGAUGAAGAUUAUGAAGAAAUAAAGAGACUUUUGAAGGACGAAGAAAAAGGUAGAAAACAUGAAGAUUAUUCAGAAUACUCACUCACCCUCCCAGAGAAAAACUUAAAGCCUACCAAACAGCAUCAGAAAGAAAAAGAAUGUUUUGAAGGACUUCCAAAAGAAAAUAUUAAUGAUAUUUUCUCUGAAUUACAAAUGACUGAAAUGGAAACAGAAAGGGCAUUAAAAGAAUUUCAAGACAACUUUGAUGCCUUAAAUAAUAACGAAGAAGUGCUUAAAAUGAAUAAGCCUGAGAAGAAAAGGAACAAGAAAAAGGCUAAUAAAUAUGAGAAAAAUAUCGAUAACGAUAAAGAAGCAUUAAAUAUUAAAAAGAAAGUAAUAAACGAUAACAUCGAAGUUAAAAGUUCUGCUAAACAAGAUGUAAGCAAUGGAAGCAAUACACGAAUGGAUACGGAAUCAUUACGGAUGAAAAAUUCUGAAUUAAAAACUGUCAAACCAGAAAUUUAUCCAGUUAAAUAUAUUGAGGAAAGAAGGAAGAGUAUUCAAGAUGAUUUGAUAGAAAUUGAAUCAGGAAUAAGUGAACGGCCGAUCGAUAUAAAUGAUUUAUUCGGUAGAAAAAAUUCAGGAGAAGAUAGAAGAAAUACAAAAGAUGUUCAGAAUAAAUUUGAUGAAAAUAAUGAAGCCGAUUCAUUUAAAAUUCCAAGGGUUCGACUAUCUGAAGAUUCAUCAAAUAAUAAUACACAACGAAGAAGAAGCUCAGCUGAGAAUACAAACAUGAAAUUUGGAGAAUCUUCCCAAAUGGACUGCAAAUAUGAUAAUCAAAUUAAGCUUUCGUCAAUUUCGACAGACAAGGAUGAAAACAAAACAAAAGAUAUACAAACUCAAGGUAAUCAAACACAAAAAGCAUCUUCCAAAUACUUGAAUGUUUUAAAGGAAAUUUCAAGUGAACUAAUUGGAUAUGAUGAUGAGCCAGUUAUAUUUAAUCCAAAUGAAUGGAAACCCGAAAUAGCUCAGGUCAAUGUCAAUAAGGAACCUUCACUUCCAAAGGAUAAAAUCAAUCAGAAUUACACAAAUGUCCUUCAAGACAUUUCUAAUAGCUUAGUCGGGUCAGAUUUCUACAAUAAUUACGAUUCAAAUCGCGAGAAAAAUUACUCUCAGAUUAUUCCACCAAAUGUUCAGGAUUUAAAAUCGAUGGCUGAUUAUUCUGACACGUUACCUAAUGCACGACACGGAAUGUAUGUUGAUGAUUCAACUGAUACUGAAUUGUUAACUCCAGUUCCACCACCAAGACGACACAGAUUAACUGAUAAUAGAGAUACACCAGAUUCUUUAUUCAAUCCAAGACGGAAAAUGUUAUCACCAACAAAAUCAAUUGACGACACAAUAAGUGGAAUAUCAUCGACUGAAUAUUUUGAUCAUUAUUAUUCUGUAGCACAUAACAACAAUAACUUUAAUGAAUUGGAUAAAUAUGACUUGAAUGCUCCAUCUUUUUCAAAAGAACCUGACAUUCUCAAGACAAAGCCACGAAUUGCUGAUGACACAGCAGUAAAAUAUUCAAGCUACAAUAGAAACUUGUCGGAAUCACCUGUUAGAAAGAUCUCAUCGGCAUUAAAAGUGUAUAGUAAUGAUGAUAAUAAGUAUGAGACAAAAUUACUUUCGGAACGUAGUAAAACGUUGCAUCAGCGUAAAGAAGAUUUUUUGAAGAACCAAUCAGGUGACAGCCGUAAUCCUUACAUCAGGGAAAUGAUGCGACAAGAUGUUGACAAUCCAAUAAAUAUUAAUGAUAUUAAAUUCAUCAGGAAGCAUCCAAGUGUACCUUUGCCUACAUCUACUCAUAAAAACGUUGAAAAAUCACUCAGUGAAAAAUAUCAGCCAAGAACUCUUUCAUCUCCAAUUACUUCACCGCGUGUGCAAUUGUCUUAUGGACGGUCACCUCUUGUGCCGUCAUCAUCCUAUACAAGAUCAACAUUAUCAAGUACAAAUCGUAUACCUUCAAUGAGUAGCUAUAAAACCGCAAGCACAUCUUCUCACAUUCUCUCAAGCUCACAUGCUCUAACUCCACCAGCAAGUUAUGGCAGUAGCUCAUAUUCGACAAGAAAUAGAGCUGUCACAUCUUAUUCAGAUCCAAUAACAUCAUCACAUAGUCGAUCGACUUCUAGACCACUAAGUUAUACUGCAUCUAGUAACAAUAAUAAGAGCUCAAGACUUUCAUCACGUGAUGCUCAGUCUGAUACGGAAUCGGAUGAAGUGCUUAAUUCAGCUACUGAAAUAUCAACAGACUCGGAAUUCGAUCAAGAUCCUAUAAAUCAUGAACCUCCAAAAAUCUUUAUUAACGAUUCACAUGUUCGCCAUAGACAUCCAGCACGUGUUCAUGUGAAACAGACGAGAACUGAAACAAUGAAGAAUACAGAAAAUUCUAGAACAAAUGGAAAACAUGACCAGAAUGUUCAUUUGAAGUUUAAGCCAUUAGUAGAAGUUGAUCCUUCGAUUGUAAGACGUGAGCCAUUGAAGAAUCCAUUGCCAGGAAAUUAUCUUUUAAGUAAAACAGCAAGCACUGAAGGAAUUGCAUCAAAGAAGAGCUUAGAAUUGAAAAAGCGUUAUUUGCUUGGCGGAGAUACUGGAAGUAACGCUGUUUUAAAAUCAGAUUCUGCAUCAGCAUUGGAUAUGAAAUUUAAGAGUUUUGCAUCAAAUAUUUCGGAAUGUCAGAAAAAAUUAAAUCCAGCAACCGAAAUAAGUCCAUCGAUGCAAACAUUCUUGCAGAGAAUUGACCGAAACAAUGAAUUGAACAAAAGCCAACAUUCAUUUGGAAUAAGCAAGGAAUUAAAGGACAAAUAUAACAACAACAAUAACAAUAAUAAUAGUAAUGAUCAAGAGGAAAAGGAAAAUUGUCCACUAGACUUGAACAAAAAACAGGAAGUGACAAUUGAAACUGUCAACACGACAUUGAUUGAAACGAAAAUUCGUGAAAUGUCACCGGAAGUGCCAAAAUUACCAGAAAUUGAAAUAAUUGAAACUAUUGACCUUACGACACCAGAGAAGAAGCAACCAAUUGUAGAUUUAGAUAACGUAGAAAUACCACAAAAUACUAUCGAUGACAAUAAGCAGUUUAUUGAAAAUAUGGAGAAAUCUACGUCAGUUCAAGAGACAAAUUUGAAAAUUAAAAGUAAAUUAGAUAGUAUGUUUAUCGACUUAACGGUCGAUUCGCCACCAAAAGAAAAUCACAUCAAUGGAACGGCAAAUAAAGAGCAAAUUUAUAACAACAAUAUUAUAAGUGCAGUGCCAGAUAUAAUUAGUAACAUAUCCACCAAACUUAAUGGUGCGUCGAAAGAUGAAGAAAGCAUAGAAAGGCCUCGAAGUCCCGCCCAUGAAACGACAAUUGAAGUACCUCAAAUGUGGACUAAGCCAGUCGAUACUGCAAAAGACAUUGAUACAGACAGUUUAUCAAAUAACUCUUCAACUUCAAGUCUUGAAGACAUACCACAUUUUAUCCUAGACUCAACUACAAGUCCAGAGACACAAAAUGAAAAUGCAAACUUCCAAAAUCAACCUCCUCGACUAGAAGUUCGUGAUUCAUCUGGAGAAUUGAUGCAAAUUGAUAGCUUAAUGAUUGUUGAUGGUCAAUACAUUGGAGAUCCUGAAGAUUUGCCAUUAUUUGAGGAUCAACAACCAACAGCAACGAUGCCAGAAAGAGCUGAAAAUUCAUCAAUUGAAGGAUCCAUAUCCUCAACAAAACCUUUGAAAUUUGAUACGAAAAAUGAAAACAAACUGGAAAGUCUCAAGCAUCUUCCACUUAUUGUUGCACAUGAAGACAUUCCAAAUGAAUCACAUGUACAAUUGAGAUUUAGUGAUAAAAUCUCACCGAUUCAGACUCCAGAAGAUGGCGAUAAGACUCCAUUAGCUGGUGCUGUACCAUUAGCUCAUAUAUCUGAUUCUGAAAAUGAAAUCACUGGACAAGGUCUGACAGAGACUGAACUUUCUGACUGGGCAGCAGAUGAUGCCGUUUCUGAAAACUUCAUGGAUAUUGAAUUUGUUUUAAAUUCAGGUAAAGGAACCAUGAAACGAAACAAAAAAUUAAGAAGCUUAAAGUCUGAGUCAGAAAGAUUAAAGUCAAGAUCGCCAAAGAAAACAAAUAAAGGUGAUUCUGAGUGUGGAAUUUUAAAGAAUCUUGCAAUCGAGGAAAUUGAUUUCAUGGAUACUGGAUCAGAAGCUGAAUCCAUCGAGACUCAUUCAGCAUCAAAUCGUGUUGUACUUAAAAAUCACGGUUAUGUAAAAUUUGUUGAUCAUCAAUAUAACGGUUCAAUCAACCGUAGUGGAUAUAAUGCUUAUGAAAAUGAUAAAAAUAAGGCAAAAGAGAAAUCUCCACCGCCGCCUGUAGUUGAAGCAAUCAAUAUGGAAAUUGUUAAUGUUGACUUUAUAGAACAAGGUGCCUAUAUUUUGAACAAUAAUCAUGAUAAUUGUAAUAUUAAUGAACAAAAAACUCCAGUAAAUGAGGAUGAUGGUGGUCAAUUAUUGGAUAGUCUGAAUGCAUCAUGUGAUGAUAUAGAUGAAGAUAGCUUAAUAGCCAUAGAUGAUAAAAAUCAAGAAAGUUUGCCUACAACAACAAUUACAACUACAGAAACUGAAGAUUUAACCAUAGUUACUAGUCCAUUAGAAUCGUUACCUAAAUAUAUGGUGGAGCCAACAACUCCAACAAAUAAUACAACAACAAUUUCAAGUACUGUGAUAUCAAGCACAUCUACACCAUCCGAUAAAUAUGAGGAAUAUGAACGUGCUCGAUUCGAACGGAACUCAGCUGAACGAGCUUCAAGUACAAGUCGGAUGAGUCGAGAACAUAUUGAGGAAAUGGGAGGAUAUGAGGAAUACGUAAAAAGUUUACAAAUGAAGAUUGCACAAAUUAGUAGCGGAAGAGAAUCAUUGGAGAAGAAAACUCGAAGAAAACUUUCAAAAAGUGAUCUUUUAGGCAGCACUGAAUUACCUGAUGAUUUUUCAAACAAGCCAUUGGAUAAUAAGAGCAUCUUCGGUACAUUGAUGCAGGUCGAGGCACCACAAACAUUGAGUAAAAAACUCGAGGAAUUAACAAAGGAACGCACAAAGCAGAAAGAUAUAAUCCAUGAUUUAGUCAUGAAUAAAUUGCAAGCAAAGAAACAACUUAAUGCUGAGAAAAGAUUAAAUAGAAGUAAAAACAGAACUAAUUUUAUGUCGUCCAUGAACCAGCCUAAUGCAGAGCAACAAGAUACAAAUGUUUUAACAGAAAUUACUUCAAAUAAGGAACCGAUAAAUAAUAGCAAUAGUCAUGUGAUAAAUUAUAAUGAAAGGAAGCAUAAUGAUUAUCCAGCAUUUGAUUCAUUUAAAUCUCAAUCUGCACAUUCAUCGCCAACAAAAGUCACAAAGGCACAAUCGUUCAAUUACUAUAGACAUAGAUCAAUUGAGCGAAAUGUUGAUGACGCAGAAAAUUUCAGAACACCUGCUCCACCACCCAGAAAUCGUCUAUAUAGUGACUUGAUGAAUAAUGCUGAAAAAAUGCGAGAGGAUGCAAGAGCUCGUGCAAAAUUAAAGUCAAAUGAAGAUUUAGGACUAAGUCCGGAAGAAAAGAUUUUAAUUCUCAGAAAGAAAUACAAUUUAAUGCAAAAUGACAAUUAUGUUAGAGGACAGAACAUGCCAUCUAUAUUUGCCAAUGGACGUAAUCAGUCAGACGAUAUGAAAUAUCGCGAAAAGAAGCUUUCAGUGUCAAAAAGUUUCAAUGACAUAAGUCUCAUUAAUCGAUUAUCUAAAGAUUAUCCAGCAUCGACUUUCCAAAAGCCUAUCACUGACUGUAUGUCUGAUCCAAAUUUAGCAGACGCAUCAAUUAAGGAUUCAACGAAGGACGUUUCAACGUCAACGAAAACGAACAAGAGUCAUCGACGUGAUAGCGAUAGACGUAGAAGUCUCAUCCAAACUGUUUCCGAUUUCUUCCAUAAGAAACGUGAUCAAAGUGCCAGCAACAAAGAUCUCACAUCAACUCCAUCUACAGCGAGUAAAGAUAAGUUAUCCGAAAAUUCAUCAUCAACAAUGAGUGUUUUUAGCAGAUUUAAAUUAUCGCCAAAAUCAAAAGAGUCAUCAAAGGAUAAGGCAAAGGAGAAGGAAUCAACGCCACCAUACACAAAUGAACGUAGUCGAUCUGUUGCAUCAUUAAAGCAACCUGUUUUGACAGCUGUUGAAAUUGACGAUCAAGCUCCUCCAAUUCCACCACUGCCAAAGAAUUAUCAACGUUCAGAUGAUGAAGAAUUUCCUGAUCUGAAUGGAACUAAAAAUGAAUUGAAAAAAUUGCGUGCAAUGUCAAAAGCUUCAAAACAAGCUGAACUCAAAAGACUACGUAUUGCACAGGAAAUCAAACGAGAACAAGAUGAAAUUGAUUUAAAAAUUAAAGAUCUUGAAACUCGUGGCGUUGAAAUAGAAAAGUUUUUACGUGGCGAAGGUCAGAAUACGGAGCAGCUUAACGAAUCUAGUCAUUCACAAGUCGGAGCGACUGACGAGGAAUUAUUAAAGGAAUUGUUGGAUAUUUGGAGAAGUAUAACUCAAAUGAAGAAGAGAGAUGAGGAAUUGAUAAUAAGACAACAGGAAUUGCAAUUAGAACAUCGACAUGCACAGCUUAAAGAGGAACUUUCUAUAAGAUUAUCGUGCAGCAAACUUGACAAAUCAGCACAAGACGUAGCUGCUGAAGGAGCCAUUCUUAGUGAAAUGCUAGAAAUUGUUUCAAAACGAGCAGCAUUGCGUCCAACUGAAUAUCCAAGUACUUCUCUUAACUCCGAAAAUAUCUCAUUGCCAGUAUUACCGCCACAAACCACCAUUAACCCACUACUUCAACACCAAUAUAGUCAACAGCCGACACCAGCAAACACAUCAAAUCGUUACCAACCGAUUGCCUCAAAUCAUCCAAAUGUCGUUCAUCAUAAAUUUUCAUCUCAAUCACAUAAUCAGGAGCAUGAUGUAAGUCCGCAUGAUGAUGAAAAUAAUUUUUUGUUUGACAAUAUUGAACAUGUAUAUUUACGCACGAAUAUGUCAUUGUUGCAUGAUUGUGAAGUUUUAUUAGAGACUUAUGAGGAGCAAAUGAAAGUGACUGCACCACAGCCGAUUCAACAGAAUUGGCCGAGAUUUAAUGCACACAUGGUGUUGGUUAUAAUCGAAUUUUUGGUUCUUUACAUAUCCAUUUUAUACUUUAGUCUAUCACAGAUCAAUAAAUGAACACACUUUUUCCUAUAUAUUUAUUAUUUUUAGUGCAUACUUUUUUUAAAAUUUAUCGUGUGAAUAGAACAAACACAUUUUAUUGCUGAAUUUAUUGUGAUGUAUUAUAGAAAUUAUAUACUGAUUUAUUUUUACCUUGGCAUGAUACACCCCACACGAUAUUCAGAUAUCCCAAUAAUUUUAUUUGUAUAAAACAUCCUUUAUGUGAAUAAUUUUGAUGUAUGUAUGAUAAGUUGCAAUUAAGAUGUUGCAUGCUAGACAUUAAUUGCGAAUUGAAAUUGUGGAAUUAAGUUUUUAAAAAGAUGAACGACACCUCAUGGAUAAGAAUUAAGGGAUCUUGGGAUAAGCGAUGUAGACUAUCAGAAUUUUUAAAGGUGCUUCGAAGCUUUAACUGUUAGUUGCUGAUUGCUAGUGUCUGAACUAUUAGCGCAGCUAUUUAUCUAAAUGUGCCAUGUAAAUUUAUUUGCCAUAACUGUUAACUUUAUAUCAAUUUUAAAAGGAAGAUCCCACUGAAAUAGAAACUUAGCUUAUCCUUAAAAUCUAACUUCAUUCCACACAUUUUCAAAAUUCACUUUUUACUCAACAUUUAAAAUUUACCCGAACGAUCAAUUUUUAUCCACUCUUAAUUUUCAAUCCACAAUAAAAUUAAGUUUUUUUUUAGAAAAUUGUGCUUAAUUAAUUCAAAAUUUUUUCUUUCGAUCUUUUCUCUUUCUCCGUUAUAGAUUUGAGCUGAUUUUCGCAAAAUUUAAAGCUUUACAAAACCAAAUUAAUCUGAAUUUUCGACGCGCAUUGAAAAAAAUUGUUUAAAGAUGAAAAUUUAAAUAUAUUUUUAAAUAGCCAUUAAAUAAACUUUUUUGAAGAAUUGAUUGUGAAAAGAAUUUGGCGCGGAAAAUGCGUUAAUAAUGAAAAGAAAUUUGUGAAUUGAAUCAAUGCAGGUAAACAUAUGAGAAUCAUAUGACAAAAAAAAAUCACUUCUUAUUCCUAAUAAAUCUUUUCCUGUUAUUUUUGAUAAAAACUAAAAGCUGCUAAAAUUAUAGCAAAAUGCUUAAACAACGUAAUUAUUUCAGUCAUAUACGAGUAAUAAAAAAAAAAAACAAUUCAAAUAUUUUUAGAGACUAUCCUACUAUCUGUAAGACAAACGGCUUAAUUUGUUCGGCUGAAAUUUUUAAUUUUAAUUUAACUUCUUAGUAUCUUACUAAGUGGUUGUUAAUGGGGUUGUUUGGAUGCUUUGGAAGUAAAUUUGAGAGUUUUACUUAUUAGUGUUUAGUAAAACAAAGCAAUUAUGCAGCCAUUAACAAAUGUUUUUGCUAGAUUUGAUCCUAAUCUUGGAAAUGAACUGAAACACAGUCUUAGGUAUACCAAGCAGCAAGUUGAUGAUUUCUAUAUGUCAAAUUUUACUUCUUAAAACUCCAACAACUCCUUAAAAAACUGAAAAUCUAAACGAAAACGAUACAAACCUUGAAUAAAUGAAAAUCAUUACUAUGCAUAUUUUCAUAUUUCAUCCUUUAUGAAUGGUUGAUGUAAUCAAGUAACUUGAACUCAUUUGUUUAAGUCAUAAGAUGAGUAAAUUUCUUAUAUCAAUUGUAGACGGUCAAAAUAUAAACCAUAAAAUUAUUUUAACUUCUUUUUUUUUGUGUGACAAAAAUCUUUUUUUUAUCUCAUUUAAUUUUUUUUUUUUUCAUAUUUUAUUAGUCUUAUUCUUUUAUUUUUCAUAAACAAAAUUUGUCUGUAGACUCAUGGAAGUGCAUAGAAUUUUAAUAAACACAAUUAUACUAAAGUGAAUUCCAAUUUAAAAAUUAAAUUGCGAAAUGUUUGAAUUUUGAUUAUAAAUCAAUCAAUUAAUGAAGGAAUAAAGGCACAAUGCUUUGAAAUUUAAAUGAAUAUUAUUUUUCUGAAUUUUUUUGUGUUUCAGGUAAUUGCCGGAUAUUGUUUCUAUGAAGUUGCAUUCUUCUGACAAUUUAAGAUUUGUUGCCGCAUUGCUGUAAGUAAUAAGCUACAAUUUAAAAAACAAAACUUUACUGCCGCACCAGCAUGGCAUUCAAGUGCUUAAAAUCGCCAAUCUGGAAACAAAUUUGCUUGAAAAUUAAGAACUGAUGGUCAAUAGUUGAGCAGGCAAAAUCAUCUGAAUAUUAAUUUUAAAGGUCAAAAGACAGUUUUCGAUGUCAACAAGGGCGUAGCCAGG